AUGGAGAUUUCUUUGACGGUAAGACAGCGAGUUUGUGUGCGAAGAGCUGUUUACUACGAUCCCGAAACUGGAAAAGAAGAUCCUUCAAAGAACGGCGUCUGCAGCAACUUCCUAUGUGAUUCAAAGCCCGGAGACAAGAUUCAAAUAUCUGGUCCAUCGGGGAAGGUGUGGCCAACACGGAUAGUCUUUCUCUACGACGAUGAGUUUAGCAAGUACUUAAAGGACCAUCCGGAGAACUUUAGGUUCGAUAAGGCGUUGAGCAGAGAAGAGAAGAACAAGAAAGGUGGAAAGAUGUAUGUGCAGGACAAGAUUGAAGAGUAUAUAGUGAUGAGAUCUUCAAGCUUUUGGACAAUGGAGCUCAUAUUUACUUCUGUGGGCGUAAAGGUAUGA